AUGCAUUUCCGAGACAGCAGAAGGAAAGUGGACUACGUUUUAGCUUAUCAUUACCGAAAAUGUUCCUUACAGCAUGGCGGGGCCCCCCCAGGCCUCUUGCACAGACCUGUGGCUAUUAUUUCAAAUGGGGAGACAGCCAAAAGCCAAGCCGAACAACCACAGCAGCAGCAGCAACAUGGCCAGGAUGCUGAGGUCAUUGAUCUGGGUCCAUUGGAUGCUUUGGAGGAAGCAAAACGAGAGCAGAGGUUUGAGUUUGAACGCAACCUGGUGGAAGCUGGUCUGGAGGUAGAAAAAGAUAUGGAGAAUAAGAGCCAAGGAUUGAGUUUUGUCCGGAUACAUGCACCAUGGAAUGUACUUAGCCGAGAAGCAGAAUUCCUUAAAAUAAAAAUGCCCACUAAAAAGACAUAUGAAAUAAAAGAAGAAGGGGGAAUUGUCAAGAAGCUAUCUGAUAUAUGGCACAAAUUUACAGAACCAUUGCAGCCCAAAGUGCCACAGCAAAACACCACCAGAAUGAAGAAUUUAUCUUACCCCUUUUCCAGAGAAAAAAUAUACUUGUACAACAUUCAGGACAAAGACACAUUUUUUGACAACGGUACCCGCAGUCGAAUAGUCCAUGAAAUAUUGAAGCGCACAUACAGUACAAAAGCCAAAAACAGCAUGGGUAUUAACACAUUAAUUGCAAACAAUGUGUAUGAAACAGCUUAUCCCCUUCAUGAUGGUGAAUAUGAAGGUGAAAAUAAAGAAAUUAAUGAAAGAAAGUUGCUGUAUCAAGAAUGGGCAAGAUACGGAGCGUUUUACAAGUUUCAACCUAUUGACCUUAUAAGAAAAUAUUUUGGAGAAAAAAUUGGAAUGUAUUUUGCCUGGUUGGGCUUAUACACAGAGUUUCUUAUUCCAUCUUCUGUAGUUGGAAUCAUAGUGUUCCUGUAUGGAUGUCUAACCAUUGAAAGUGACAUUCCUAGCAAGGAGAUGUGUGAUCAACAUAAUGCUUUCACCAUGUGUCCUCUCUGUGACAAGACAUGUGACUACUGGAAUCUUAGUACUGCUUGUGGUACUGCACGUGCCAGCCAUUUAUUUGAUAACCCUGCCACAGUCUUCUUCUCCAUCUUCAUGGCACUGUGGGCUACCAUGUUUCUUGAAAACUGGAAGCGUUUGCAGAUGAGGCUGAGUUACUUCUGGGACCUAACUGGCUUGGAAGAAGAAGAAGAACAUCCCAGGCCUGAAUAUGAAACCAAAUUAUUACAGAAGGUAUCGAAAACUAAAAAAAGUCAAAUAAUAAGUCAAGAUGAGGGAAACACUAAAGAAUGUGGAGUGGAGGAUGAAAAGGAAAAACUGACCUGGAAAGACCGUACCCCUGGCUAUCUAGUGAACUUUGCAUCUAUCUUGUUUAUGAUUUCACUGACAUUUUCAUUAGUCUUUGGUGUGAUUGUCUACCGGAUAACUACAGCAGCAGCACUGUCAAUGAGUACCAAUGCGUCAACUAAGUCAAACGUCCGUGUGACAGUGACAGCAACUGCUGUCAUCAUUAACCUUGUUGUGAUACUUAUUCUAGAUGAGAUUUAUGGAGUAGUUGCCAAAAAGCUGACAGAAAUGGAGGUACCAAAAACAGAAAAAGCCUUUGAGGAGAGGUUAAUUUUGAAGGCUUUCCUGCUGAAAUUUGUUAACUCCUAUGCACCAAUUUUUUAUGUGGCCUUUUUUAAAGGACGGUUUGUUGGUCGACCUGGCCAUUACGUGUAUGUGUUUGCUGGUUACCGAAUGGAAGAGUGCGCUCCAGGAGGCUGCCUCAUGGAACUUUGCAUUCAGCUGAGCAUUAUCAUGCUGGGAAAGCAGCUGAUCCAAAACAAUAUCUUUGAAAUCGGAGUCCCCAAAUUAAAGAAAUUGUUCCGGAAGCUGAAGGAUGAGAGGCCCGAGACAAAGGAAGAUGAUCCAAACCCUUCCAAGCAGCCUCAGCAAUGGGAACUGGACUAUGUUUUGGAACCUUUCACUGGCCUGACUCCAGAAUACAUGGAAAUGAUUAUACAGUUCGGCUUCGUCACACUCUUUGUUGCUUCCUUUCCUCUGGCCCCAGUGUUUGCCCUGCUCAACAACGUAAUUGAAGUCCGUCUUGAUGCCAGAAAGUUUGUCAGUGAGCUAAGAAGGCCUGAUACAGUAAAAGCAAAAGAUAUAGGGAUUUGGUUUAACAUUUUGAGUGGCAUUGGAAAAUUUUCAGUUAUAAUUAAUGCCUUUGUCAUUUCUGUCACUUCUGAUUUCAUUCCACGCCUUGUCUAUCAAUAUGCAUACAGUCACAAUGGAACCAUGCAUGGCUUCAUCAAUCACACACUCUCAUACUUCAACGUCAGUCAUUUCAAGGCUGGAACCCAGCCAGAAAAAUCAUCAUUUGAACAGGAGGUUUCCUUUUGCAGAUUCAAGGAUUACAGAGAACCACCUUGGUCUGAAAACCAAUAUGAAUUUUCUAAGCAGUACUGGUCUGUUUUAGCUGCCCGUUUGGCAUUUGUCAUUAUUUUUCAGAACCUGGUAAUGUUCCUCAGUGUGCUCGUUGACUGGAUGAUCCCAGAUAUUCCCAAGGAUAUCAGUGAGCAGAUCAAGAAGGAGAAGAGUGUGCUAGUUGAUUUCUUCUUGAAGGAAGAGCAUGAAAAACUGAAACUGAUAGAAAACUUUAUCACGCGAGACAAGCAAAGGAGCAGAAGCGAGACCAGAGGAAGGAGAAAUCGGGCAGCAAGUUUUUGCCAGUUUAGCCGAAGUCAACGAGGCAGUUUGACAUCUUUUAGUUCACAUAAGACAGAUGUGUGA